UCCUCCGUUAUGACAUUUUUGUCUUCAUCUUAUUGGAACAUAAUGGUAGAUGUAGUUUUUUUCCGGAACAUUUUAUUAUGUUGGAUUGGAGAUUCAUGAUGGAAAACACUACAUAUCCCAUGACAAUGAACGGAGCGCUUUAUUAUUGCGUCAUGUUUACAUACGUCAUAAUUUGAGGACUCGAAGAUGGCCUACUGAAAUUCGCUGGAGCACUAGAUUCAGAUUUGUUUUGGGCAGAAACACUUGUUCGCUGUGUUGUAGGAUACACUGUGAUGUUUGCAGAUAAUAUUCCAUGUCUCGACAUCAAAACCUAAACCAUGUCUAUCCAAACGCUCAACAAAAUCAACCCAUGUUUUCUCGACACCUGACCGCGUUUGGCUCUCACUGGUUGCCCCCAACUCAGGCCCCAUUGGGCGGCUGGAGGAACGUACAUUUCCCCAGUUAUCCAUGUCGGCCGGGUGUGCCCCCUCCACCUCAACUCUCCCAUCCCACCAGGCACCUCUCAGGGGCCUUCCAACCUCAAGAUACCCGUAACACCAACUGGGCAAGACUACAGUCACAACAACACCUCCCACCAGGGUUCCCUUUUCACGGUUUUCCUCAUCGACACUUCCACCUUGGACUGAUGGAGUGCUCAGACAAGGAGCCUCCAUACAAGCGGAGGAGGAGUUCAGAGGAGAGGGCUCCAGGGGAUAGAGCCAAGGGCUCCCCCAAACGAGAGUACGCACCAAGACAGGCUCGCAGUGCCACAACCAGCCCCAACUGCUGGUUCAAAGAUGGGAAACCACCGCCUCCUGGGACAAGUCCACCAAGACCGGCAUUGGAGCUGAAGAGACAAUGGGAGGACUUUUCACACUGCUAUAAGUCCAGACCCCAGUCUGGUGGUGGGAGGCGAGAACCACCCUUUGAGUUCUCUGUGAUGUCGUAUAACAUCCUCUCCCAGGACCUACUACAUGACAAUAACUACCUGUACAAACACUGUAGCUCCUCCAUCCUCAACUGGAAUCACAGGCUCUCCAACAUCCUGAAAGAGCUCAAAGAGCACAACGCAGAUAUAAUGUGUCUGCAGGAGGUUCAAGAGGACCACUAUGAAAAACAGAUCAAACCCUCUCUAGAAGCAUUAGGUUACCAGUGUGAGUACAAGAGGAGGACAGGCAGGAAGCCUGACGGCUGUGCCGUGGUCUAUAAGAAGGACCGCUUCUCCCUGCUGUCCAGUCACCCAGUGGAGUACUUCCGCCGGGGCAUCCCCCUGCUAGACCGGGAUAACGUGGGCCUGGUGCUGUUACUGCACCCCACGGGAUCCUCCAGGCCGGAGGACUGCGUUUGUGUGGCCAAUACACACCUCCUGUACAACCCCCGUCGCGGGGACAUUAAGCUGGCCCAGUUGGCCAUGCUGCUGGCAGAGAUCAGUACAGUGUCCCGCCUCCCUGAUGGUAGCUCCUGUCCCAUCAUCCUCUGUGGGGACUUUAACUCUGUGCCCUGGUCUCCCCUGUACAGCUUUGUUAGGGAGAGCAGGCUGGAGUACGACGGUAUUCCCAUAGGCAAGGUGUCAGGGCAGGAGGAGAAUCCCAGAGGCCAGCGGAUCCUGACAGUGCCCAUUUGGCCCCUUAGCCUAGGCGUCACCCAGCAGUGCCAGUAUGCGACUGCCCCUACAGAUGUUGACAGGGGAAUCACCAACCUGUCUGUGCAGGACUUUGCAACACCUCCUAUGGCAGCUAUGAACAGACCCAGUAUAGAGCACAGUCUGAGGCUGACGUCAGCUUACUCCCACUACCUGACAGAGGACAGCAGGCCUGAGAUCACCACCUGUCACUCCAGGACAGCCAUCACUGUGGACUACAUCUUUUACUCUGCAGGAACAGGGGACAUUUCCACUCAGCCAGAGGGUCCAUUGCCAAGACGAGGGCUGCAGCUGCUGGCCAGACUGGCCCUGGUGGGACAGACAGACCUGGAGGCCGUCAACGGGCUGCCCAAUGAGCACAACUCCUCCGACCACCUGCCCAUACUGGCCAGCUUCCGCCUCUGCCCCUGAGGCUGGAUGUUAGGGUUCAGGGGUUAGCACCUUGGACUGGGGGUCAAAGACCUGGAGAGACCCAUAAAUCCAUCCAUACCGCUCACCAGCAGCCAAACACCAAUUGUACACAAGCUCACCAUGGCUUUUGUCUCUCAUAAUCUCAUAUCCCCAGGAAAUGUUGGAAAGGUACAAACACUGACACUGGUAGAUGUUGAACUUUAAUUUCAAAGACAUUAUUGAUGAAUUUGGAGCUUUGCAGUGGCCUGACUCGAGUGUGUAGAUCUAGGCUACUGCAUCAAGAUGUUUACACAUUUUUAACUUUUUUGUGUUAUUUUUACAUUGGUUGAAAAUAUACAUUUUUAGAUUUGAAUGAUUUUAUAAAUGUUGAUAAAUUCAUUUUAAAAAAAAAUACAGUGCCUUGCGAAAGUAUUCGGUCCCCUUGAGCUUUGCGACCUUUUGCCACAUUUCAGGUUUCAAACAUAAAGAUAUAAAACUCUAUUUUUUUGUGAAGAAUCAACAAGUGGGACACAAUCAUGAAGUGGAACGACAUUUAUUGGAUAUUUCAAACUUUUUUAACAAAUCAAAAACUGAAAUUGGGCGUGCAAAAUUAUUCAGCCCCCUUAAGUUAAUACUUUGUAGCGCCACCUUUUGCUGCGAUUACAGCUGUAAGUCGCUUGGGGUAUGUCCCUAUCAGUUUUGCACAUCGAGAGACUGAAAUUUUCUCCCAUUCCUCCUUGCAAAACAGCUUGAGCUCAGUGAGGUUGGAUGGAGAGCAUUUGUGAACAGCAGUUUUCAGUUCUUUCCACAGAUUCUCGAUUGGAUUCAGGUCUGGACUUUGACUUGGCCAUUCUAACACCUGGAUAUGUUUAUUUUUGAACCAUUCCAUUGUAGAUUUUGCUUUAUGUUUUGGAUCAUUGUCUUGUUGGAAGACAAAUCUCUGUCCCAGUCUCAGGUCUUUUGCAGACUCCAUCAGGUUUUCUUCCAGAAUGGUCCUGUAUUUGGCUCCAUCCAUCUUACCAUCAAUUUUAACCAUCUUCCCUGUCCUGCUGAAGAAAAGCAGGCCCAAACCAUGAUGCUGCCACCACCAUGUUUGACAGUGGAGAUGGUGUGUUCAGGGUGAUGAGCUGUGUUGCUUUUACGCCAAACAUAACGUUUUGCAUUGUUGCCAAAAAGUUCAAUUUUGGUUUCAUCUGACCAGAGCACAUUCUUCACAUAUUUGGUGUGUCUCCCAGGUGGCUUGUGGCAAACUUUAAACAACACUUUUUAUGGAUAUCUUUAAGAAAUGGCUUUCUUCUUGCCACUCUUCCAUAAAGGCCAGAUUUGUGCAAUAUACGACUGAUUGUUGUCCUAUGGACAGAGUCUCCCACCUCAGCUGUAGAUCUCUGCAGUUCAUCCAGAGUGAUCAUGGGCGUCUUGGCUGCAUCUCUGAUCAGUCUUCUCCUUGUAUGAGCUGAAAGUUUAGAGGGACGGCCAGGUCUUGGUAGAUUUGCAGUGGUCUGAUACUCCUUCCAUUUCAAUAUUAUCGCUUGCACAGUGCUCCUUGGGAUGUUUAAAGCUUGGGAAAUCUUUUUGUAUCCAAAUCCGGCUUUAAACUUCUUCACAACAGUAUCUUGGACCUGCCUGGUGUGUUCCUUGUUCUUCAUGAUGCUCAGGUGGAUUGUAUGUAUCAUCAUUAGUCAUUUAGGUCAACAUUGGAUCAUUCAGAGAUCCUCACUGAACUUCUGGAGAGAGUUUGCUGCACUGAAAGUAAAGGGGCUGAAUAAUUUUGCACGCCCAAUUUUUCAGUUUUUGAUUUGUUAAAAAAGUUUGAAAUAUCCAAUAUUCCACUUCAUGAUUGUGUCCCACUUGUUGUUGAUUCUUCACACAAAAAUACAGUUUUAUAUCUUUGUUUGAAGCCUGAAAUGUGGCAAAAGGUCGCAAAGUUCAAGGGGGCUGAAUACUUUUGCAAGGCACUGUGUAUAUAUAUAUAUAUAUAUAUCUUAAUUAUGUCAUACAUACAGUACUAUUGGGUUUGAUAAUUAGCACAAAUGAAUGCAAAGUACUUAUCCAGGAAAUAUUCAUUCAUACAUACAUACAUACAUACAUACAUACAUACAUACAUUCAUACGAAGAGAAGGAAGAAACUACCUUGCAGCUGGCUGGACACCAUAGAAGAGGUUUUAUAGACUAGGCUGUUAUGUGUACUGUUAGACAACAGUCUCUUUGUCAUCACACAUUUCACAGCUCUGCAACAAAAUCAUCUGCACCUCCUGUAAUCUCAGAAGGAUUGCAAAAUAUAUGCCAGAGCAAAUGCUCAAAUAAAUCUCACAAGCUAUCAUCGGGCUCCCGAGUGGAGCAGCAGUCUAAGGCACUGCAUCUCGGUGCUUGAGGCGUCACUACAGACCCUGGUUCGAUUCCUGUAUCACAACCGGCCGUGAUUGUGAGUACCAUAGGGCGGAGCACAAAUGGCCCACGUUGUUAGGGUUUGGCCCAGGGUAGGCCGUCAUUGGAAAUAAGAAUUUGUUCUUAACUGAUUUGCCUGGUUAAGUAAGAAAAUCAUCCAUUGUCAAAUGAACUACUGCUCUGUCGUCUGGAGUAAUGUAAGAGCCUUUUUCAUGAAAUUCACCACUCUGGUAAACCAACCACUAUAUAAAUGGAUAUGGUCAAAGACGUAAACACAUGGAACAGAACCAAGACCACCAAAACCCAAAUUAGAGCAGGGCAAAAUAGCUUUUAGUUUCAGAGCAGAGAAGUCCAGAACUCCUUGGAAGAAAGUUUUAAAAAACUUGCCAAAUAGUUGUUUUACGAGAUUAAUUCAUAAAAUAUCUUGAACAACUAGAGUCGGUCUAAGGUUAUUGUAACACUGUAUGCUAUGUUGUAUUUCAAUUCAUAUAUGCACACGGGCUGGGGGGUGUAACUCGUAAUAGGAAUGUGGAUCUUUGUGCUUUUACUUUGCUUUUGUUUUUCUCAUUUCUGGAUGGUUUUUUUGUACAUUUCUUAAGGACUCUUGGAAGACUAGCCUUUGGGCUAAAGGAGAUCCUAGUCAAAUCAAAUAAUGUUAGCCUUCAUUUUCAAUAUUAUGUCCGUCACAGCUAUUGUACCGCAUGUAACACAAUAAUAGACCUGCAAUUAAAGACACACUGUACCUGUUCA